GUUAAAUAAAUAGGCAAUAAUUAAAAGGAUUUCUCACCAUAAAAUAAUUAAUGAAGAUGGAUAACAAAAGAUUUAAACUGAUGCUAGGACUUAAUUAAGUAGGCUCAGCAAGUAAGACAUUACUAUAGAUCCUUAGACUAUUUUGCCACUUCCACUAAAUCAAGUACAGUUAAAAGAUGCGUCAACACUCAAACAACUACUCAAGAUUUCACUCAAUUUGACUAUUUAAUACAAUCUCCAUAAAUUAUUAAGGUAUUAAUUCUUUCAAUCUGUUAUAGAAAAUCAAAGUCAAUGGUGAAAGUACUCUUCACACUUAUGAAGAUGAUUUAUAUUGUUAUGAGACUAUCAAAAAUAAUGAAGAGCCAACACCAAUCACUUUUUAGACUAAAUCAUCACCAAUACCCAUUCAGAAAGAAUUUUAUAAUAUCAAUCCUCUCUAUUUGUAGGAAUAUCAUGAAAAAGAAUAUAACUUUAAAACAAGAGCCAUAAUCUUAAAUCGAAUAUAAGAUAAUUGUUUAAAUUUGAAUAACCAUUACUCUCAUAAAGCUAUAUAUCUAUAUGAUCUAUUCCUUUCCAGAUUAUCUACUAAGACCAUAAAUAACUAAACUUAAUUAAGAUUUCUCUCUUUAGCUAUGAUAUUUGUUGCCACUAAAAUGAAUGCUGAAACACCUAAUAUAACUUCACUUUUAUCAUAAUCAUCCCUCAACAUGACUAAAUAAUAACUUAUCUAAUAUGAAAGAUUCAUUCUUAAAGUUUUAGAUUGGCACACCAAUCCAUUAACUUUAUAAGAUAUCAUCUUUGAAGUUAUUUAUAGCUUUUAUAAUGUUUUUCCUAAUCAAAAAACAUAAUCAGAUCAAAAUUACAAAACCAUUAAUUAAAUUAUCAAUGUUAUAGUUCUAGAUCAUAAUUACCUGAGAUAUUCUUUAGAAGAUCUCUCCUUUUCAAUUCUAUAUUUACUUCAUAAAAAAGAUCUAUAAGAAAAUUUAUUUGAUGAUUUUCUUAAGAUUCACAAUAAAACUAAAUUAGAAAUUUUAUCAUCAAUUAAAUUUACUUCAAAAUAUAUUAGAGUAAUUAAUUAGUUGGUAUUUUAUUAUUUUUACAUUUCUAGAAUGAAAAACAACUUGACAUUAAUUCAUUAGAAAUUCUUAAAUUAGUUUGUGAUUGA